AUGCUGUUAUCGGUCUUAUUGCAGAUUGUGUGUGCUUUAGUGCUGGCGCUGGUCUGCGUCGUGUCCGCUAACAAGGAUGCUGCCGUAGUACGAAACGAUGCUGAAAUCAACGUCGAUGGAUCGUAUCAAUAUGCCUAUGAAACCUCAAACGGAAUCACUGCCGAGGAACAGGGUAGCCUUAAGAAUGUCGGUUCUGAACAAGCUCAGGUCGCCCAGGGUCAAUUCUCUUACACCGCCCCAGAGGGAACCAAAAUCACCCUGCGUUAUGUUGCCGAUGAAAACGGAUUCCAACCCCAAGGUGAUCAUUUGCCCACUCCACCACCAAUCCCAGAACAGAUCCUCAAAGCACUGCGAGUUCUAGCGGCAAACCGAAAGUAA